CUAAGAGAACAUCUCUAUAUAAAGGUUCAAGCCAAAUAAUGAGUUAUAAGACAACAUUAACAAUUGAACAAUCAUGGAUUUGAGAAUUUCACUCUCUUUACUUGUGCUUGCUGGCUCCAUUGGAGUGAUCACUGCUAUUGCCAUAGAUUUUUCCAUAGAUUGCUCAUUUGUUCGAUGUGGUCUACCCCCUAAAUGCAACCGAGAGGACUUAUUCACUCCACCAGGCCAGUGCUGUCCUAUCUGUAGGCCAGACUGCUCUGUUGUAUUGUGCCCCCGGGAGCCAGAGUGUGAGAAAGGAGCAAACCUGCAGGUCCUAGUGGGAGAAUGCUGCCCAAUCUGUGUACCUGGUCUAGCUUGCUUGGCUGUGUCUUGCCCGAGGCUAUUUUGUGAGGAAGGAGAAACUCUGGAAGUUCCUGAGGGCGAAUGCUGUCCAAUCUGUGUCAAAGAAGUGUGCAAACUUCGCUGUCCACUUGGCCACCGAUGUAAAAUCGACAAGGGAAGUGGAGAAACAUUCUGCAAUCCAGACUGUGAACUGGAUAACGGAGGCUGUUCAUCUGAUGAGAUCUGCAGCCUCUUGUCAGUGCAGUGUGUGCGUGCACCCUGCCCCCCCAUAGUGCAGUGCUCAGCAUGCAAACUUCGCUGUCCACCUGGCCAUCGAUGUGAAGUUGAUAAGAGAACCGGAAAAACAUUCUGCAUUCCAGACUGUGAACUGGAUAACGGAGGCUGUUCGUCUGAUCAGAUCUGCAGCCUCGUAUCUGUAGAGUGUGUGCGUGCACCCUGCCCCCUCACAGUGCAGUGUUCAGCAUGUAAACUUCACUGUCCAUCCGGCCAUCGAUGUGAAGUUGAUAAGAGAACCGGAAAAACAUUCUGCAAUCCAGACUGUGAACUGGAUAACGGAGGCUGUUCGUCUGAUCAGAUCUGCAGCCUCGUGCCUGUAGAGUGUGUGCAUUCACCAUGUCCACCCACAGUGCAGUGCUCUUGCCCUCCAGAGUGCUCCAGGGAUUACUGCACUGCCAAUCGAAAGGGUCUAUGCUCAAACCCUGCGCAUAAUGACGCCCUCCCUCGGCCUGGUUGCACUGGAUCUUGUCGCCUAACCUACUGCAGUGCGUGCAUUUUUGGAGUGGAGAACCCAACGAUUCCCAGCUGCGAAGAAUGUCCUGAUUACUCUUCCCCUAACAAGUGCUAUGAGAAGUGGUCACAAUGUAUUGGCCGUCACUUCCACAUGCAGGACCAGGUUACCAGUGUCUGUGAUGCAGUAUUUUGUGCUUCUCCUCCUUGUUCCAGAAGAGGGUAGCCAUGAACAUUCAGUGCACUUUAUAGUGCUGUAGAUCUAUAGUGAAACAGUUUGCUAGAGAUAUAAGCUGUAUAAAUGAUGUAGUAUAGAUGAUGAAUUAAUAUAUACCAUUAACAAUUACAAUAAUUACAAAUCACAGAAAA